GAAGGCCAGGAGUUCUCUGUCGGUGCAGCCAUGGCCGCCGCUCGGGCUCGGGUGACACACUUGCUGAGGCUUCUGCAGAGCACAGCAUGCCAGUGUCCAACUCAUUCUCAUACUUACUCCCAAGUUCCUGGACUUUCACCUUCUGGGAAAACAACAGACUAUGCCUUUGAGAUGGCUGUUUCAAAUAUUAGAUAUGGAGCAGGAGUGACAAAGGAAGUGGGCAUGGAUCUACAGAACAUGGGGGCCAAAAAUGUUUGUUUGAUGACAGACAAGAACCUCUCCCAGCUCCCUCCUGUCCGAAUGGUUAUGGACUCCCUAGUGAAGAAUGGCAUCAACUUUCAGGUUUAUGAUGCCGUGCGAGUAGAACCAACAGAUACAAGUUUCAUGGAUGCAAUAGAGUUUGCCAAAAAGGGAGCCUUUGAUGCCUAUGUUGCUGUGGGUGGUGGCUCUACUAUGGACACCUGUAAAGCUGCUAAUCUGUAUGCAUCCAGCCCUCACUCUGAGUUCCUUGAUUAUGUCAAUGCCCCUAUUGGGAAGGGAAAGCCUGUGACGGUGUCUCUGAGGCCUCUCAUAGCAGUCCCAACUACCUCAGGAACUGGGAGUGAAACGACUGGGGUGGCCAUUUUUGACUAUGAACACUUGAAAGUAAAAACAGGCAUUGCUUCAAGAGCCAUCAAACCCACCCUGGGACUAAUUGACCCUCUGCAUACCCUCCACAUGCCUGGCCAGGUGGUUGCCAACAGUGGCUUCGAUGUGCUGUGCCAUGCACUGGAGUCCUAUACUGCCCUUCCUUACCACAUGAGGAGCCCCUGCCCUUCCAAUCCCAUCACUCGGCCAGCAUACCAGGGCAGCAACCCAAUCAGUGACAUCUGGGCAGUGCAUGCACUGAGGAUCGUUGCUAAGUAUCUGAAGAGGGCUGUCAGAAAUCCUGACGAUCUUGAAGCAAGGUCUAAUAUGCAUUUGGCCAGUGCUUUUGCUGGCAUUGGCUUUGGAAAUGCCGGUGUUCAUCUGUGCCAUGGAAUGUCUUACCCAAUUUCAGGUUUAGUGAAGACGUAUAAAGCAAAGGAUUACAAUGUGGAUCAUCCAUUGGUGCCCCAUGGUCUCUCUGUGGUGCUCACAUCUCCAGCAGUGUUCACAUUCACAGCCCAGAUGUUUCCAGAGCGGCACUUAGAGACGGCAGAAAUAUUGGGGGGCAAUACCCGCACUACUAGGAUCCAGGAUGCUGGGCCUGUGUUGGCAGACACGCUCCGGGAAUUCCUUUUUGACUUAAAUGUGGACAAUGGCCUAGCGGCCAUCGGUUACUCCAAGGCUGACAUCCCUGCAUUAGUGAAAGGAACCCUACCCCAGGAAAGGGUCACCAAGCUUGCACCCCGUCCACAGUCAGAAGAGGAUCUGUCUGCUCUGUUUGAAGCUUCAAUGAAAUUGUACUAAUAAUCAUUACAAUUGCAAGAAUUACCAUUUAUCAUUGUAGUUCUGAACAUGGAGCAAGAUCUGGCUAGAGCUCUAGCUAAUUCUUCACACCUAACUGUUGCUGAUUUGAAUGUGACCUAAAUUUAUCAUGCAGGAGAUUCACUGAUGCUUACACUCAAGCUACUUUCAUCGAGCAGUCUGGACAAAUGCCCACUGUGUCAGACCCUUGGGCCACCUUUCAGGGUCAGUGUUCCUGUGCCAACCUCUAUACAAUAUCAGGCCUAUACUUUGUGUCAAGUGGGAAGAAUUUAGCAUCUACCAAAUACGUAAAUAUACAUAGCCUAUGUCCAGGACUACAUGUCUAGAAAUGGAUCCUAUAGAAAUAUUAAUAUAUAUAUGUGAAGUAAUAUAUCAAGAAUUUUUUGAAUAAUAAAACAUUUGAAGUAAGCCAGAUGCUGGUGGCUCAUGCCCAUAAUCCUACCUAUUCAUGAGGCUGAGAGCUGAGGACUGUAGUUUGAAGCCUGACCAGACCAGCUUCAAACCUAAGUCCAUGAGAGUAUUAUCUCCAAUUAACCACUAAAAAAACAAAUGUGGAACUCUAGCUCAAGUGCUAGAGUACAAGCCUUGAGAAAAAAAAAUCAAGAAACUAAAAGCAAAACCCAGGGACAAUGGCCCAGGCCCUUAGUUCAAGCUUCAGGAUUGGCACCCACACACACAAAAAAUCGAAACAACCUAAAUAUUCAUUAAUAAAUCAUAGUAUGUUAAUCAGUGUAUACUAUGCCCUUGUUAAUAAGAAUAAAAAUCUGUUGGCAAUAUAUAUAUAUAUAUAUAUAUAUAUUAUACAAAAAUUGGCAAAAAAUAAGUUGCAGGGAAGUUAUAGGUUAUGAUCAGCUUUUUACUUUUUCAACUAUAAAUAAACAUGUUUCUACAAAUAGAAAUUGCAGAAGUGGAACCCAUAGCCCAGAGGGUCUACUGUACAUGCUGAGUUCAAUAUGAUAUCAUUAAGACAGCAUUGGGUUUUGCUCCAGUUUUAUCUGAGUCCUACUUGAUUCAACCAUGGCCUCUUUCAACUUGAAGAGGCUGUGACUAGAUUUUAUGAAUCACCAUUUCUUUGUGAGAUUUUGAAUUUGAAAAUUUUAACAGAAAAUAAUUUGAGAUACAAAAGUGAAUUCUUUAUCUC